UUGUACGGGACCUCUGUGCGAGGUCCCGAUCACGUGAUCACUGAUUGGCCAAUCAGUGAUCACAUGAAGAGUAGUAAGCAAGAUGUCACUUCUGACAUCAUUGCUUACUACAUGUGAAAUCUGUGAAUGAUCACAGAGAUCACAUGGGUCACGGCAUUAGGAAGGUUGAAAACCACUGAACUAGAUGGACUUUUGUCUUUUUUUCAGCCAGACUAACUUUUAUUUUAAUGGUUGAAAUGGAUGGACUUUUGCCUUUUUUUUUAGCCAGACUAA